GCAACAGCAAGCGCAAAUUUGACGUGAGCUACCCUUCACACCUGUCGGAAAAUUUCGUUGUAAGGUGGUUGAAAAGUCAUUUUUUCAACAAAACUACAACAACCACAGAAACAGAUCACAGAGCUUAUAUUUUAAUAACGUAAUUUAUAAUACUGUUUCUGUGUUUGUCUGGUGACAGCAUAACGUUGGCUUAAUUUCAAAGAGAAUGCCACUGAGCACAAUGUCUUCAUGUGGGCGGGGACCAGGAGCCAACCGCUAUCGUACGCGAGCCGUCACAUCCCAGGUGGACGAGCUACUCUUUGGAUCCCCCAAAAAGAUAUUACCCCCUGACCCGCCAGGCUGUGGCCCCCAGGAGCGCAGUUCAUGGGGCAGUUCCGGGCCCAGGGGUCUGCCCCUGUCAUCAGCUCAUAAAAAGCCCAAACCAGAAACCAUCCGAAUCAUAACUAAGGACCUUAUCCGUGACCUAAAAAUCCCGAGUCAAGAUCCUUCUGGACUGUCCAUCAUCCUGCCGAAGUCCGAGACCAAUCGGAUCACAGCGCUUGCUCGCGUCUGCACCCAAGAGGAGAGGGAGGCGGAGUUAGAAGCCAAGCAGAAGGACAGAAAGGCGGAGAUGGACGCCGUGGAGGAGAGGAAGGUGAAGAUGCAUCAGGCCGACGUGGUGCGGAAGAAGAACCAGGGUCUGAGCGACCUGGAGGCGGAGGCCCGGGACAACGCGCAGUACCUGCUGGAGAAGGCCAACCACAUGCGCAUGGAGCAGGAGGACGAGGUCAAGAAGAUCAACGAGGUGAUCCGGGGGGCGCAGUGUCAUGCGGUGCAGGACGUGCAGAUCCUGGAGAAGCAGCAGAUGGUGUGGGAGCUGCAGGAGGAGGAGCGGAGGCUGGACGCCAUGAUGGAGCUGGACCGCCGCAGAGCGCUGGAGGCACAGGAGCAGAUCGAGCAGCUGCACAAACAACACCGCAUCCUUGGUAAGAUGCGUAUCCAGGAGCAGAUUGAGGAGAGGAUGGAAGAGAGGCGGCUGCAGGAAGAGAUGAAACAGCAGGAGAAACAGAAAUUGCUGGAAAACCUGGAGAAAAUUAGACAGGAGGAGUUUGAGGCUCUGAUGAAGAAAAAGGAGGAACAGAGGAAGCUACACCUGGAAGUGCUCAAGAUGAACGAGGAGAUCCUGCAAUCGAAGGAGCUCAAGAAGGAUGAGGAGAAGAUGGCUGACCUCCGCAUCAUGGAGUAUACCUCCCAGAAGCUGGAGCAGGAAGCAGAGUAUGAGAUGGAGCAGAGUCGACAGAAGAAGGAGAAGGAAAUGGAGGUGGCACGACUGAGGUCCCUGCAGGAGAGAGACAAAGACUACAAGGCAGACCAGGAUGAGCUGCGGGCCCGGAGGAACCAGGAGGCAGCGGAGAGGGAGUGGAGGAAGAAAGAGAGGGAGCAGGCUCGGCGCAGGGCGGAGGAGGAUGACCGGCUGAAGGCCGCGCGGCUGGAGCAGAUCACCCACAAAGAGCACCUCCUCUCCAUGGAGGCGGGACGUGAGAGGGCCGAGUUUGAGAGGGUGCUGAGGGCCCAGAAUGAGGAGAUUUGGCGGGACCGCGAGCGGGAGGAGAGGCAGAAGCAGCGGGUGAUGCGGCACGCGGAGGGCGUCCGGCAGCAGAUGAGGGAGCGCGAGACGCAGACCGUGGAGCAGCGCCGGGCGGAGCUCCAGGAGCACGAGCGAAUCCUGGAGGAGGACCGCGUCCGCCGCGCCCGCCUCAGCCACAUCAAGGCGCAGAAGCUGAUGGAGCUCAAGUUGGCUGGACUUCCUGCAAAGUACUGUAACGAGGUGGAGAGGAAAGUCCAUGUCCUCCCAGAUCUGGCCGAGUAAUCAAGCUGUCGGACCACAUGAUCUGCAUAACCACAGACAAGUUGUUUUACUUUACAAUUUUUCCUGAUCAAAGAUAAGAAAAUGAGAGGAUUUCUGUUCAUCCACUGCUGCGUUCAAAUCAGCAGGUCUGACUUCAGAAAGCACAGGACAAGAGACCCAGCGUAAUCCUGAGAUCCUUGUCCUUCUGACCAUUAGAUCAUUUUUGACUAAAUCUUUUAGUGUACUCAGUAUAAUAUGUAACAUUUCAUUUGUAGGUAAUAAUUAAAAUAAAAUUAUAGAAAUGGAAUGGCUUGAAAUAAGUUUAAGAAGGUCUUCUGACUCAUCAGGCCUUAAAUUUUCUUAUAUUUUUCCUUGUUGACCCUUUCAACUUUGUCCCCCCCGAGAGGGCAGUUUCCUCCUAUUUUGUACUUGUCCUAUAAAGGUGUAGUAUACACCUAUAAAUAUUAACAAUUAAUUAAAAAUGAUUUUUUCAGUCUCACAAAUUAUCAAAACAAUCUUGUCCCAGUCCCAUUCAUAUACCCAUUCUUGCAGCUCUCUGUUUAAAAUUGGACAUGAUUAUUAACUGUACAUAGUACUCCUAACUGUCUUUCAGAAGUUUUGAGGUUUAAUUUGGACAAAGUGUAGAAGCUGUAUUAUUAUAUUUAUAUUCUGCAUAGAGUUAAAGAGUGCUAUUGUGUAUUGUGCACUGACAAGAGGUUGAAAUGCCAGAUUGGUCUCGUGCUGUGGAAACGUGUCAGUCACAAUGCAGCUGCAUACACUGGUAGAAUGUGUAAAACCCAUGUUGUUGAAUGUCUGUGCUGAGAAGAUAAACAUCUACUCUACUGUCAGAAGGCUGCACAGGGCGACAUUCCCGAAAACAGUAAGCAUGUGAUGACACCACCAUCAUCUGCACACCAACCUGUGCCAGAUAAACACACAAUAAAGGUAAACAUACCACAAUAAA